ACGCCCUCAGGACCCCAUGCACUGUCAUGGUGCUUCUCCCGGCUGCAGUUGUCAUGGAGAUGGAAAAGGUCUCAGCGGCCACUAGUGGCACUGUAACCAUGGAAAUCCUUGUCUCAGUGGAAGCCGCAGCAGCAGCGCUGUCUGAAACCGGAGGAGAGUCGACGGAGCAGCGGCAGCCUGAUGUUCAGAAUCACAGCGGACCACUGUUUCACAAUGGAAAGUAUCGCAUGUUAUUAGUGAUCGGAGAAAUCUCAACCAGUCACUACCUUGAGUCUGCCCGAGAACAGAUUAAGCAAGGACUGUGCUCGUGGAACAUUGACCUGAGUGUCUGCAACCUUAAUAGGGAGCUGCAUCUCUUUGAGACUCGACACUCAGCCCAGUUCUCCUCAGUGAUCACAGGCCAAAGAAUCCUUCGUUAUAAGAGUGAUGUCCUUGAGACAGUGGUGUUAGUCAACCCAUCAGAGGAGACCACAACAUCAGAGAUCUGCUGUCUGAUCACUGACUGUGCUGGACACAAACUCCUGGUGCUGAGUGGACAGAGCUCAGAGCAGGGAGGAGACGUCCUACUACAAGGUGGAACCUUCACCUGGAAACACUUCUCUGACAUCUUGUCUGAUCCUCGAGUGACUGAAGUCCUGUCUGGUGUAUUGACAGACCAGCGGCCCAAGCUAACUGUUUCCUGCCUGGGUGACGGAGGCUGGAGCUCCCUGGGGCACAGCCAGGAGCAGCAGCACCUCCAGAACCUUCUGGACUACCGCCUGAACCCUGACCCCGUGCUCCCAGACAUGGAGGGAGUCACAGAGUUCACCGAAUACGUCUCUGAGACGGUGGAUGUCCCAUCGCCCUUUGACCUUUUGGAGCCGCCCACCUCCGGGGGCUUCCUGAAGCUGUCCAAGCCCUGCUGUUACAUCUUCCCCGGGGGCAGGGGUGACUCUGCCCUGUUCGCCGUCAACGGCUUCAACAUCCUGGUGGAUGGGGGGUCUGAACGUAGGUCCUGUUUCUGGAAGCUGGUUCGACACUUGGACAGGAUUGACUCGGUCCUGCUAACCCACAUCGGGGCGGACAACCUCCCUGGCAUCAACGGGCUGUUCCAGAGGAAGAUAGCCGAGCAGGAGGAGGAACAGAGUCAAGACUCUGGGUCAAACACCUACGGGGACUGGAUGAAGAACCUGAUCUCCCCCGAGCUCGGCGUGGUGUUCUUCAACGUUCCGGAGAAGUUACGGAUGCCCGAGUCCACUCUGAAAGUGAAGCGCAGCAUCGAGGAGGCAUCCCUCACGCUGCAGUACCUCAACAAGCUUGGCAUCAAGCCAGAGCCUCUCUUCAGGGUGGUCAGCAACACCAUCGAACCCAUCACACUGUUCCACAAGUUGGGCGUUGGGAAGUUAGACAUGUACGUUCUGAACCCAGUGAAGGAGAGCAAAGAGAUGCAGUUUCUAAUGCAGAAGUGGGCUGGCAACAGCAAGGCCAAGACUGGCAUUAUGAUGUCUAAUGGAAGAGAAGGGGAGAUUUCUGUCCCUUAUUUGACGUCAGUCACGGCCCUUAUUGUGUGGAUUCCUCACAGCCCCACUGAGAAGAUAGUCAGGGUUCUGUUUCCGGGAAACGCACCACAGAACAAAAUCUUGGAAGGGCUGGAGAAGCUGAAGCACCUGGACUUCCUGCGCUACCCGGUGGCCACUCAGAAGGACAUCUCCUCUGGGGCUCCUCCACCCAUCAUCAAGCAAACUAAACUGAAAUCCAGAACCGACAGCAAGGAGAGUCUCAAAUCCCCCAAAUCCCUUUCCAAAGUCAGCAAGAAGGACGAGAACGAGACCAAGAGUGAUUCUGCUAAGGAGAACAAAGUUGAAAAGAAGGAGGAAAAGAAGAUGAAGAGUGACAGUGUCAAAGCCACGAAACAGCAGAAGAACAGCGAGGUGGCACCCAAGGCAGCAGAACAGCAGAAGAACAGUGAGGUGGCCCCCGAGGCAGCGAAACAGGAGAAGAAAAAACUGUCCAAGGAAAAAACUGUCAAGAAACAGAUUAAGGAAAAACCCUCCAAAAUGGAUGAGAAGAAAGACAAAGAGAAGAAGGAGGUGAAGAAAGAAAAGCGAGAAGUAAAGAAAGACAGCAAUGUUAAGAAAGAAGAGAAAAAGGAGACAAAAGUAAAAGAGGAAAAGAAGCCAGAGCUGAGGAAAAUCACCAAGCCUGACCUCAAGCCCCUGACCCCUGAGGUUCGAAAGACCUUGCACAAGGCCAAGACACAGUCCAAGCCCAAGACCGAUAAGAACAAGACUGGGAAAGAACAGGCACCUGAGAAAAAGCCUGUCCCAAAGAAAGAGCCUGUGAAGGCAGCCACAGCGUCGGCAGAGAGGUCAGUGGUCUCCUCUCCAGAGGAUCUCACCAAGGACUUUGAAGCCCUGAAACAGGAUGAGCUCCCUAAGCAUGGGAGCGGUCCAAUGCAGAAUGACAAGUCUGUGCGGCCAGGAUCCACAGACACCAAGCCUGAUGUGGGGAAAGCAGCCACAGAUACGGAGGCCAGGUCCUCUCUGUCUAAAACCCCUGACAAACUGGGUGAGAAAGCAGAGAUGAAGAAAGAUGACCUUCAAGGAAAGGCUGAACCGGACAAGAAGUAUGAUGAAUACUCCACCAAGAUGGGCUUGGGACUGAAGUCCAAGAAAAGUGACAGCUCCGAAGAGGAUGUGGACGUGAUCGAAAAGGCCGAUUUGGAAGGAGCCGAGGAUGACGACGAGCUGAAAUACAAAAUGGAGGAAGCCAAAAAAGAGAAAUCUGGGAAGGAGUGGGACUCCAAGCCAACGGAUCAGAAACCCGUCUCCACCCGAACCCCUGCAGAGCAAGCCGGGGCCUCUGCUUCGGAGCACAUCUCCUUCAUCCAGGACGAGACCAUCCCUGGCUACUCUGAGACGGAGCAGACCAUCUCUGAUGAGGACAUCCACGAGGAGACCGAGGAUAGGAUACCACCCCUGCGCUACGACGUGGGCACCUACGACAUCUCCGUCCCGGAUGUCCCCGGCUCCUUUGACUCCAUGCACGGCGUGAGGGAGAUGAGGGCCUCCGCCAUGUCGGACGCAGCAGACGUCAAAGCCAGAGGCUUCAUGGGAGGCCACGACGCCGUUCUGGCAGCCUACCCCAACGUCAUCGCUGCUCCACUGGCAGAAGAGGAGCACAUCUCCUCGGCCACCUCCAUCACUGAAUACGACAAGCUGUCGUCGUUCGCCACCUCCGUCGCCGAGGACCAGUCCAUCGCAUCCGUGACCGCCCCUCAGACGGAGGAGACGGGGCGGAGCUCUCUUUUCCUGGACACGGUCAACAGCGUUCCCUCCCGCACGGAGGCCACCCACGGGAAAGACUACCUGCACUCCGCUGGCACCAUCUCCCCCACAUCCUCUCUGGAGGAGGACAAGUGCUUCAAGUCUCCUCCUUCAGAGGAGUGCCAGCCCAUCGCUCAUGAUACGGAGGCCGGCUCGAAGAUCAAACCGCUGCACGAGGAGGAGGAAGAAGAAGAAGAGGAGGAUGAGGACCAGACUCCCAAUGUGGACAUUCCCCUGGGUAAACUCCAGGAGGGCUAUGAGCAUGCAGCCUCCUUGUUGCUCAAGGAGAAGGAGAAGUCCCCCUCUUUCUCUCCUUCUCCCUUCUCAGCGUCUGCCGCCCAGUCGCCUCUCUUCCAGGCAGACAAAGGAAAACAAGCUCUCUCCUCCAAAGACGAGUCAGUGAGCGGAGCUGGAAUGAAGCCUCUCUUCCCUCCUCCCAGUGGGUUUGAGUCCAGCUCCAUCCAUGACAGCGAUGACCGAUGCCUGAGCCCUGAUGACAGCACCAUGAAGUUGGCCUCACCCACUCAGUCCUUCCCCACCAGCAGUGGCUACUCCCCCACUGAGGAGAAGGUUCCUGACAGGUUCAAAACAGGAGAGAAGGAAGACAAAAAGGACCCAUCUAAAACGGAGACGCAGAAAUCCCCUCCUUUCUCAGACAAAGGCACCUUCAAAACGGGGCUUUCUGGCGACAGGUCAACAUUUGAAGAAUCUGACGAAGAAGAUGAUGAUUAUUACAUGAAGAAGGACCUCCAACCCUCUGAGAACGCUAGGCUGAUGGACCAGAAAGAGGGUCUCUUCCUGGAUGAGGAGUAUUCCUGUGAAGCAAAGUCUCCCAAAGAGGAGAAGAUGUUUGAGAAAGAAUUGCAAAGCACACAGGCCAAGACCACAGACAAGACACAGUCCUCUGGUAAGACUGAUCAAAAGCCCCAACCUCAGGUCAUGUACUCAGAUGAGGAUGACGAGGAGGAAGAUGAAGACGACGUGCGCCCAAGUGGUGUUGUAUCUAGACCCUUGUCUGUAGCGCAAAGUGACAUGGUCUCUAAAGAUUAUAAACAGGAUACCGCUGCGGGGAAAGCCGACCAAGUAGGAUUCAAGGAACCAGAAAAAAAUGUUCAUUUCAGUCUCUAUGGCUGCCCAGAGAGCGAGGGUAAAAGCUCCGCUGACAGGGAGAGAGACAUGAGACAGGACACGCCCUACGUUCAUGGGAAGACAUUUUCUUACAGUGACAUUUAUGACAACAGAGCCAGCUCUGUGGACCAUGGGUCUUCCCAUGGCUCUGCUUAUGAGCAAGACGAGAUGGGCAAGGAUGAGAAGGAGAGCAAGCCGUACGAGUACAGCAGAGAGAGUAGGUUCCCUUCUAUGGCUGACAGGCCGGAGGCCUCGUCCACAUAUUUGUCCGCGGAGAAAGAUUCCUUCUCUCUGAAGGGCCAUUCUGAGGAGACAGACAGCUACAAAUACACCUCUGGAUUCUCGUCUGUGACAUCUUCCGCUGCAGCCAAACCCUCCUUGACGAGCUAUGACGACAAAGGAGCAGGUCUGGAGGUGGAUAUGCGCAAGCUAACCGCCAGGGAUGAAGAAGACUAUGAUGACGUGGAUGAUGAUGAAGACGAAGAUGAAGAAGAGGAGGACGAGGACUCCGACGAAGCCGUGAUGAGUGACUCCGACAUGGAAAAAGGUGCCAAAGAUAAAUCAGAGAAAGAGGUCAAGAGUCCAUUCGGUGAAAUGAUAGACUUCAGCGGUCCUGAGUUUAUGAUUUCAAUGGCUGGCUAUGGAUACAACAGCCUGGCUAAACCUCCUGCAACAGGAUUCCCUGCUUCUUACCAAAGCAGCUCUAGCUUAUUCUCAAAAACUGAGGACAGUUUCCAGAAGGGCAAAGGUGACUGCUCAUCUCUCGGUGGAGUAUCUUCUAAGGCAGGUGCCACAGGAACCUCUGGCUUCUCAUCUGGAUUCGAUUACUCAUAUUCAGACAAAGACUCCUUCGUGUCCAAAGAAAGGAAAGAUGACUUCCCCCUUAAGUCAACAGAGGACAAGUACUAUCAGAGCGACAGAGAUCGGGAGGUUGAUUACGACAAACAGAAAACCCUGGAUGUUCUGAGUAAGAAGGCAGGCGACACGGGGUUCCAGUACACCACGACCGCCACGACGGCGUACUCCUCCUCCUCCGCCUACAGCUACUCCUCCUCCACGUCUGGGUCUCUGUCCACCAGCCGGCCCUUCGGAGAGGACCUGGAGACCCCCGCCACAGCCGACCCCACUCUCUUCGAAUAUUCCUCCUUCAAAGAUGAACACUCCCUGGUCAUGGACUCUCCCAUGUCCAGCUCUGGAGGCUUGGUGAAAGACGAGUACCUGGAGGUGUCAGAGAAACAGAUGACGACCGCCACCGCCACCACGGCUGAGUCCACAUCCAGCUUGGCCCGCUUCUCCCCCCUCAGCCCCUUUGAGGAGGGCAAGCCCUUCACUCCUCUCUCCUCCACUGCGGCGGACGAGAAAAAGGAGACCUUUUCCUCCGCAGGUGGAGCGGCGAUGGACAAACAAUCCGACUGCUUCUAUAAGCCUGAAUGGGCUGAGGAGUCCAAACUGCAGGCUGCUGCUGGACUGGGGGCCUCAUCAGGGCCCUUCUCCCUGCCCUCACAGGCCGGUAAAGACAAGGAGACAAUCAGCACCGGUAUGUUUGGUGUCACCUCCUCACCACGCCCAGACUCCUCCGGCAAACACUACUUUGAGUCUGACAGCAGUGAGGAAGAGGAGGAUGAGGAAGGCUACAUGCGUGACCUGAACCUGAAGUCUCCCGCCGCUAACCUGUCUUUCUUAGACAAAGCCGGGGUCACCGCCUCCUCCACCUCCAGCAAGGUAGGGAGCGCUCUCCCUGACGUGCGGUCCUCAUACACACACCCCCCCUCCUCUCUGCCACCCACCAAGCCCGAUGCCUCCAAUGGCCCUACGGAGGUCAGCAUGAGCGCCCCCAUCCCCCAAGGAGCAGCAGCCAGUGGCGGGGCCCAGGGGAAGGUGAGGAGCGCCUACGAGUGGGAGAUGCAGAAGAUGGUCCCCGGUGACUCCCCCCCCCACUACCGCCACGAGGACGAGUUCGAGGAGGAGUGUGAGAUGGAGCCGGAGCGCCCCGCCCGCCCUCUCUCCCUCUCGUCCGCCGAUCACGCGCUCCGCUCGCCCUUCUACACGGAGGAGUCAAGUAGAGGAGGCACGGAUGGCAACGACAGUGACCAGGAGCACCCCGCCGACUCCUACAGGGGGGACACCUCCUCCUACCGCUCCUCCGCCUCCCCUGGCUACUCCUCCGAUGAGCACCGGAUGCGCCAAGGAGACCUCUCGCCCUCCUUCAUCAAUCCCAGCAUGCAUCACCUCUCCACCGACGACGAGGACGAAGGGCACGGCCGCAGGAGCGACCAGUCCCAGGAAGGAGACGAGUGUGACUUGUCGGUCAAGAGGAGGGCCCACAAGCAGCCCCACCAGCACUCCCAGGGCAGCUCUCUGCAGCGCCCAGAGGGGAUGUCGCCGGGGCUGGCUGGAGAGGACACGCCCCCGACCUCCAUCAGUGAGUCUAUCCCCUCCCAGUCCGACUCAGACGUGCCCCCUGGCACCGAGGACUGCCCGUCCGCCGCCGAAGACUCAGACGAAGACACGGAGUACCUGCCUGUGGAUAAGUCCUCCAGCCGCCACUCCUCCGCUAGGCGCAGCCUGGACCCGCCUCCUGCCCCCCUCAUGGACCCCCGCCCCCACCCUCCUCACCCCGAUGCGUGCAUGGUGGACCCGGACUCCCUGGCCAACGACCUGAACCGCACCCCAGAGAGCCCUCUCAAGAAAGACCCCAAACCCAAAGGUCUGAGGAAGACCUCAGGGAAGACCAAGUCGGCAUCCCCGGCCAGGCGUAAGAGGUCCCCCAUGCCGGUGAGCAAGACGGCGUCUCCCCGCAGCGCCUCGCUCAAGAAGAAGGAUGCAGAACGGAGCUCCAGGAUGUCCCGUCUGUCAGACGGACAGGGCUCCAGGGAGGACGACCUGUCCCGCUCCAGCUAUACCCCUGGCAAGGGACUGACCAAUGGAGUGAAGAGCAGUUCAGGUUCUCAGAGGUCAGGCUCUGUGGUUCCUCCUGGACCUCCUAUUUAUGUGGACCUGGCCUACAUCCCAAACCACUGCAGCGCCAAAAACGUGGACCAGGAGUUCUUCAAGCGCAUCCGCUCGGCCUACUACGUGGUGAGCGGGAACGACGCGGGCAGCGAGGAGCCCAGCCGGCGGGUCCUGGAUGCCCUGCUGGAGGGCAAGUCCCAGUGGGGAUCUAACCUGCAGGUGACGUUAAUCCCCACCCACGACACGGACGUGACGCGGGAGUGGUACCAGCAGACCCACCAGAGGCAGCAGGAGCUGAACGUCAUGGUCCUGGCCUCCAGCAGCACUGUGGUCAUGCAGGACGAGUCUUUCCCCGCCUGCAAAAUCGAGUUCUGAGCGCCUCUCCCCCUCCCUCCCUCACCACUUUCCUAGUUUGAUAUGGGUCUGUUUUUAAAUCUGUCUUUUCUAUAGUCUGAUGUGCUAAUCUGUCUUGGCUUUAGACACCAUCGCUUGCCAACCAAGUGGCCUAAAGCUGAGACCGAGUUGGCUACCAGUCUAUCUUUUCUAGAGGUUUAUUUACUACUCACAUAACAGCCACACGCUUGGCUGGUAUUAUCAUUUGUAUUCUAAAGGUGCUUUUUAUGACUAGUAGGUCCUCUUCUUCAUAUAUUGGUCUGUAUUGAGGAAGGCAGGAUAAGGCCUUUCUGUUUCACACUGCAUCUGUCUCUGAGACCGGGAUGGCAACAGUUACUUUAUCUCUGUAAUCGGCUCCUCGAACUUAAAACAAGCAUUCCCCUCUCAUUUGUAACUUUAUAGCUCAUGUCAGAUGUAAACAUUUCAUGUGUUUUAGAUCUCUAUGGCACACAAGCUAUCUGUGGUAACAUUCCGGUUUUAUCUUCACCUUACCCAUGUGUCACCCUUCCAGCUAAUACUAGUCCUGAUGUUACUUACAACGUAUGUGCCUAAUGAUGACACAGUGACUUAGAUGAUGUUCCAAGUAGAUUUCUCCAAGGGUCUUCUAAAUGUGUUUUCAAUAUACUUGCUGUAGUAUAGGGGGUGUGGACAAGUCCUCACACAC